AUGCUGCAUAAACGAAGAGUGGCUCGACUCCUCAACCUCGUCAUAGCCGCUUCAUUUUUGGGGAUAUUCUAUAUUUUCUUAAAGAAGCCAAGCACCGAUGUUGAUAGUGCCACGAAAUGGUCACAGCCACAAGUUGAUCCAACUUUAUUUCGAAUAGCUCAAGAACCAGUGAAAGCGAUAAAGAAUUUUAAGAACAAUUCGGUGAAGGAUCAAAUCGACAAUGAUCUGAAUUCGAGGAUUUCCUUUCAAGAAACGAAUGGCGUUGAAAGUCUUUCAGCAUGGAAAUUACACGAUAUUGCCUCAAAGGCGAAUAUUUCGGGCAGAGAAAUCGUGAAUUCCGUUGAUUUCCUCAAUGAGAACUUUCCCAUAUUGAACGACAAAUUUGGUCCUUUAGAAGCCGUUCAAUCAAUCAUCGUGAUUCAAGUUCAUAAUCGACUUGCUUACUUGAAAAUCCUCAUUGAUACUUUACGAAAAGCGACGGGUAUCGAGAAAACAUUGAUCAUUUUCUCGCAUGAUUUGGCUGUUCCCGAGAUCAAUGAAGCAAUUAAGAGUAUAGAUUUCGCUAGAGUACUUCAAAUCUUUUAUCCCUACAACACUCAACUAUUUCCACAUGUAUUCCCAGGACAACAUCCAGCCGAUUGCCCAGAAAAAAUUAAAAAAGACGGUGCUCGGGAGAAGGGUUGUCGAAAUUGGGAGACUCCAGACAAAUACGGGAAUUAUCGAGUGGCAAAAUUGACUCAAAUAAAGCACCAUUGGUGGUGGAAGAUGAAUUACGUUUUCGAUCGUGUCGUUGUACCUCAUAAACUCACAGAUAAAUGGGUUGUCCUAUUGGAAGAGGAUCACUAUGUUACUCCCGAUUUUCUUCACGUUCUUGAGUAUAUGUCCGGUCAAAAAGAAAACUUGUGUCCACAAUGUGAUAUUCUUUGCCUCGGAAUUUAUGUGAAAAACUACAAAAGUACAAUUCUGCAACCGGAUCUUCUUGGUGUUGCUCCUUGGUAUUCAAGCAAAUACAAUAUGGGGAUGACAAUUCAGAAGAAACUAUGGGAUGUUAUGAAAAAUUGUAGUGAAAUAUUUUGUACGUGGGAUGAUUACAAUUGGGAUUGGUCGAUGCUGCAAAUAAGUGUUCAGUGUUUACCGACACGGUGGAGAGUUCUCUACACAAAAGCGCCAAGGGUUUUGCAUAUUGGUGAUUGUGGAGUGCAUACGCAUAGAUGUAACUCGAAGAAUGGAGCUCAAAUAGCCGAUGAUUAUGUGGCGAAGCACUCGAAAGACUUCUUUCCAUCGACUAUGCGAGUGAACGAUGUGUCUCGUCGAAUGUUGAAGCCAUCAAAGGCGAAUGGUGGUUGGGGUGAUCGUCGAGAUCAUGAUCUUUGUCGGCGAAACACGUUCCCGUUGCAACGAUCCACAAAAUUUGAUCACGUUCUCCACGAGCUGUACAAUAGCACAAUACAAACAGCU